GUUAAGAACUCAGUUACUCAAGAAGAGCACAGGGAAAGAGCAUUUGGCUUGGAAGGGUGAGGACGUGUGCGUGGUGAGUUUUGGAAGGGAAGCGAACCAGAAAUAUGUCUUCAACAACCACCGGCUCCAGUUUACCCAGCGGCAUGAAGGUCCUGGCUACUUUCCCUGAUAUUCUGGCCAUUCCUGAAUUUGUAAGUAUAAUUUUCCACUGUUAAAAACGGAACCUGGUAGCUAGGACAUUCCAGUGCAAACCUAGGAACGUUUACUUGGAGGAAAGUCCGGCUGUAUCAAACAAGGCAUUUCACCCUUGUGUGUCUUGGGAUUGUGGCUUCUGCUUCUUAGUGACUUUCUGAGCAAAGUUUCUAGAUUUUUUCCCCAAGUUUGGUUAGCUCUCCCCCUUGUUCUCUCAUUUACUGGAACAUUUACUUUUCACUAUGAUCCCCUUUUUAGAAACAGCAAAUUAGACUGGUUAUCAAAUAUUUUAAAAGGAGAACUGGGAAAGAAAUUACCCUCCAAACCAGAUGUUGAUGGGAUUUGAGGUGUUUAAAUUCUGCUUCUAAAUGUUUUGCCUUGUUUCUGUGCACAUAUAUAUUUUAAUUCUGAGAGCAUGCUAAGUUAUUUGACCUUCAAGGUUAUACUCUGCCGCACAAAUCCAUGCGUGGAAACAGGUGUACCUCGUGCAGGUGUGUGUAGCAUUCAAGCAGCUAAUUAGUCAGGUGAACUGGUGGCCUAUGCAGUAGAGCAAAUCUUCAAGGUCUGCUGAGCAUGCAGCUUACUGGGAAGGCAUGGUUUGUUACUCUCUGGUAUGAAGAGAACUGGCAGGUUACUGUUACUCUACUUUUCAUGUUGAUAAAAAUCCAUUGUGCAAAUGCAAAGGUUUGGGCAGUGUAGAGUUGGAAAAAUGGCGGAGAAUUAAGACUGCUUCUGUCCAUCGCUAUUUUGCAGGUGGGAUCCAGUUAAUCGCUGGCAAAUUCAGCAUGCACAAUAAAAGGGGAUUUGUGCUGUUGUUAAAAAAAACCACAGAUUUGUGGCACAACAAUAACAGCCAUGUUUUGUGGUUAGGAAAGUGAUAGUAAAUGCAGACAUUCCAGUGUCCUGGUUUCAGAUUUGAUCCCUGAAUCUCCCACUUUUCCUUAGGAUGUCUCUAUUUUCAUUAGAGAAGUGUUGGAGGCUAUGGAGUUAUCCAACCCUCCAGCCGUCUGAAGGCAAUCCUGUAUAGGGAAGUUUUUUUAAAUGUUUAACAUUUUAGUAUGUUUUUAUAUAUGUUGGAAGCUUCCCAGAGUGCUGGGGCAACCCAAUAAGAUGUGUGGGGUAUAAAUAGUAAAAUUAUCAUUAUGGAAUGGGACGUCCCUAUCUUCAUCGGAGAAAUGUUGGAGGGUAUGAAAAUGCAUCGGAAAGUGGGGAUUGCUGAGGUGAUGUCAUAUAACCUCCCCACAAACUAAUUGGAACAAACGCUCAAUAACAAUGGAUGUUUUAUCGCCUACCUGCAAAUUUUGUGCAAGCAAACGAGAAUUAAUGAAUGCUCAAGUCUGGAAGAGACUUAAGUGAUGGUGAGGGGUUAAGCAGGAAUGGCAACUCAUUCAGCUCUUACAGUAACUGGCUUAAUUUACAGUUAAAUCCUCUAAUAUUGGCCUCAUUGAGUUCAAUGAAGAACAUGGCUAUUGCAGCCUUAGGGAACAAUGCUCCCUUCCAUAACUUUCCAUGCCAGGAAAGUGUUUAUUGCCCUCCUUUACUAUCUAGCCCUCCUUUCAAGAUGUUCUCUCUUUCAUUCAUCAUCACAACAACCCUGUGAGGUAGGUUAGGAGGAGCGUGUGUGAUUGGUCAGCCAGUGAGCUUCCUGGCUGAGGGAGACUUUAAACCUGAGAUUCCAACACAUUACCUAUUACAGCUGAACAGUUGGGUUCUACUUGGGCCUUGAGCAGUGUGAAACAGGCGGAAAUUUUGGCACCAAAGUGGAAAGGUCGCAGCUAUUGAUUUUUGAUCUGUUGUGUUACAUGUCUGAGGUCCAGGAGCUCAGCUGAAUGGGAGCCCCAGGACUGCUUGAAGAGCUCAUUACAUCUGCCUGUUAUUUUGCCUAAACAUUUGUGCCUCUUAUCAAGGCUGCUAAUACUCUAUACCUUUAAAACACAUUCAAAGCACUUUCUUUCCCUUCAAGCAUUCAGGGUACUGUGGUUGACCACACACACACUCUGAGCUGCAAUUCCUAGUGACCCUUAACACACUACAGCGUCCAGAAUUCUUUGAGCAGGGAAAUGUGCUUUAAAGGUAAAGUCUGUACACAGUUCUAUGUGCCUACCUCUGUUGCAGCCACCGGAUGUGGUUUAAACAAUACAUGAUUGUUUAUUCAUUAUUUAGCACCUUUUCAGCUAUAAAAGGUCCAUGUACGGUUUGGGGUUGGGCCAAGGUAUAUGUGUGGAGGUCUAACAAUUUGCCCUCAUUCUGAUCCCCCACCGCUGCCCAAUUUAAGGCCAUUUUAGAUAUGACAAAUAACCACACAGGAAUGCUAGUUGUGUGAUUAUUGUCACGUCUGCUUUGGCCCUUAAAACAACCCCCCUCCCCCAUGUAAAAUGAUAAGAGAGGAAAUGAAUGAAUGGAAUCCAACCAUCUUACAUAUGUAUAUAAAGAAACUAGGCAUAACAGAUUGCUUGCUACUAAAAGGAAAUGGAUUUGCAUAUGUAUCUACGUUUUCUUUUACAAGCAAUACUGUAUAUUGUUUGAUAUUGUUUAUGCUACGAUUUCAGAGGUACCAGUAAUUUGUAUAUUGGUUUAAGGAACUAGAUUUGUAUUUCUUUGAGAAACGUAGGGUGUAAGAGCCAACUCCUAGGGGCCUAGGUCCUUUCUGUCCUCCUCGCCAAUAAAAUAUUUGAGGGGACCACACACCCCAUAGUGGAUAGGCAUUGCCUUUCAAAUAGUGUGUGUGCACCAUGUCUUGUGAUCGAUUAUGGUGGUGAGCCUUACCUGCCCCCCCCACAAAUAUUUUAUUCAAGUUGCUACCCCUGUCGGAGGGCUCUGUUAAAUGUGACCACAGAGAGGUUUAAUGGAGGAGGGUAGGUGCUUCACCCAGCAGUUUAGCAAGCUCUGUUAAACCUUGACACAGGCUUGGCUUGUUGCAGGAGGGGAGGCAGAAAUGCUUGGGGCAACCUGUUAAGGGGUGGGUGAAGGGUGUAAUAGUUGGGGGGGGGGAGUUUGGGGGAAGGGGCGAUUGCCAAAUGGGUAUGUGGGGUUGGUGAGCAGAGGGAGCAAGGGUGGCCGACCCUAGUUAAACAUACACAUUUUUUUAGAGAGAAGGUGAACUACGACGUCAAAGGUUUUGCAUUAAUAUAUCUUAGGAAUAUUGAAUGGCUUAUAUAGCAGGAUGUGUGGUAUUAUUUGCUAUCCUUGAUAUUUCUAUUAUUAUUUAAAGUUUGUAUGGCCAUAAAAAGUGAAAUGAAAAGAAAGGAAAGGGAUUCCUCCAUUGAACCUGCUGUCAACAGCUGGUGAGAGUGAGUUGAAUAGAUGGAUAUCUUUGGACUAAGACAUCAAGGGGCUGGAAGAUCAGACUUUGGGAGCUCUCUCUGCAGAAGUCCUAUGUCACAUCUAGUUUGGCUCUAACCACCAAGUCAGCACAGUGUUUAGCCAUUCCUUUCAUUGGAGGAGUCCCCCACCAGCAGAUCCGGGUCCACUUGGCUACUGCUACAACAGGUUAAACUUUGGGGAAAUUCCAGCACCUUUGCCAGUGCUUUUCUCUUGGGUUGCUAGGGGUUGGGAUGGGCUAGUGGAAUAUCUCCUUAAUGUUGUCACCUCUGCGGACAGCACCUGGACCUUUAACAUCUGGACAGCAUGCAGAAAUUGGGUUUUUGUGUGUUUUCUGAUUGGAAGCUGCCAUCUUGGGUGAGCACCUCUCUCUGUUUUUGCACAAUUGUCUAAGUGACUUCUGUGUUUGUUUUUUCUUUUUUUAAAAUACAGCAACCCUAACCCUAGCUUUGCACUGUAAGAGUAAAGUAGGGCAUUUCUACGCUACUUUGGGGUGUGAUCUUGCUGUCAAAUGGACGUGUGCACUCCUUUGCAGAGUCCUCCAUUUGUAGGGCGACUGGAGGGCAGUCCUCUAUUUUGAAGGAUUACCCAGCCCUAAUCUGGUUUAACAACAGAAACACCUAAGGAAGGAAGGCCACCUAGAUAGCAAACACAUUAUCUGGUCACAGUUUUCCCCACUGUGGUACAAUGUAUUGUGUUUCUAUUUAAAUGACAGCAAUUAUUUUGAAGUUUGCAUCUAUGCAUACAGACCCUCCAAGCAUGGGUGUAGCCAGGCCUUUUAUAGGGAGAGGGGGCAGAACCUCAGUUAGCUAUGUAUUUUUAUUGAUUUCUAUUGAUUAUGGGGGGCAGCUGUCCCUCCCUGCCCCCCCAUCUACGCCCAUGCCUCCAACUGUCCCUAUUUUCCAGGGACAGUCCCGGAUUUACAGAAGGCAUCCUGGUUUCUGAUUUGAUCCUGGAAUAGAUCCAAUUAGUACGGUUUCAACAACAACAAUUCUAUUUAUACCCUGCCCAUCUGACUGGAAUGCCCCAGCCACUCUGGGCAGCUUCCAACAUAUAUGAAAACAUAAUAAAACAUUUAACAUUUUAUAAAACCUUCCCUCUACAGGGCUUCCUUCAGAUGUCUUCUAAAGGUUGUAUAGUUACCGUACUUAUCUCCUUGGUUCGGGGGUCGGAUAACUCCAUACCUUCCAACAUUUCUCCAUUGAAAAUAGAGACAUUAAGGAAAAGCGGGACAUUCUGAUAUCAAAUCAGAAACCAGGAUGGCUUCUGUAAAUCCAGGAUUGUCCCUGGAAAAUAGGGACACUUAGAGGGUCUGGAGGUGUGGGGCAGGUGAAGACUAGACUGAUAGGUGAUUUGUGGAGGUAUGUGGAAAGCCUAAUGCACAUUGCCAGCAACCAGCCGAGUGGGUAAGGCCAAACCAGCAUUUGAUGUAGCUCCACUGUCUUUUACUUAGAAGGACCAGGAUUUCACCCUCUGAGGACUGUGCAUUUGACUGCUCCACUUUACUGUUGUUACAUGUAGGAAGAUGGGAAAGGGACCAAGAGGUUACGAUGCAUUUCUGGAGGGCAAAACAAAUCGAGUUAUCAUCCUGGCAAUCCUGUAAAUCUGUUUUAAUGGCCUCUUAAAUGGUUUUUAUGGCUUGAGAGCCCCACACAAUACACAGAGAAAGGAAUGUAGAGCUAAAAACAAACUCAAAACGGGUCUGCCUUUUCUGAGAAAGGGAGAUUGGCUGGAGGGAGGAAAGAUCUGUGCCAAACGGGUGAAGAGUUUUAUGUCUGCCUUAGAUCAUGGGGGUGUCCCCCCAUGUCUCUAUUACAUCUUCCUAUAACCUGGGACCUUCCAGGUGUUGCUGGACUACAACUCCCAUCAGUCCUAGCCAGCAUGGCCUAUAUGUCCAGGGAUGAUGGGAGUUGUAGUCCAACAUCAUCUAUAGGACACUAGCUAAUGAACCUGGAAAGGUUAUGAGAACAAAGCUGUCUCUGGAAUGUACGAAAUGCAUAGCAACACCCAUCCCAGAGAAAGAGAGAGAGAGAGAGAGAGGGACUUUCUGGAGGGUAAGAGCAAAAAGAUGACCAAUCUGUGUACCUGUUGCAACAGCCCAAAGGUCCCAGCACACCCAGUUCUGUUUCUCUCUGUUAAGCAAACUGAUAAAAUACAGCGGAGCCCUAUUGUGGAGAUAGCAAGAACUAAAGCUGGCGCAGGUGUUGCCCACCCAAGGAAAGAUUAGGGAAUGGGUGCAGAAAUUUUGCAGCUUAAAAUCAACUUCCCACCCAGUUGACACAAUAGCAGAGAAUCUGAUAGGGAGGGGAGAUUAAGCAGAGGGUGGUGGCGAGGGAGAGAGGAGAGCCCAGUGGCUCCAGAGCUGGAGGGGAGGGGAAAGGAGGAUUAAUGGCCCGGUUGCUCUGCGUUGUGCAGUGGUUGCGAGAAACCUGUUAAACCAGGCUGCCUGCCAGGGAACAGAGACUCCAGCCGCCUGCCUGCAGCAUGUAAAAAGAAGAAGAAAAAUAUUAGAAAGCAGUUGAAAGGGUUGGGGGGUUUGCGUAACUGCGAAGCCCUCCCUCCCUCCGUCCCUCAGGGACCUCUGUCUCUGUCCCCUGCCAGCUAACCCAGGAGGGGAUAUUGGGGUUGUGGUGUGCAGCUGAAUGAAAAGGUCAGUGCCCAGUGUGAAGCAGCUGCGAAGAAGGCAAAUUCCACGGGAGGGUCCAUGAAGGAAAGGUGGCAAAAAUCUAACUCCCAAUAUUUCAAAGCCUUUAUACAAAUCUAUGGCGUGUGACCACACUUGGAACGGUAUGUUGUACAGUUGUGGUCUCCUCACCUCAGAAAGGAUAUUGCAGAGCUGGGAAAUGGCAACCAAAAAUGAUCAGGGGUGGGUUGGGUUGGAGCAACUCCCUUAUGAGGGAAAGCUACUGCAUUUGGAAUUUUUAAGUUUAGGGAAGGGAUGGAGGUGGCGCUGUGGGUUAAACCACAGAGCCUAGGACUUGCCGAUCAGAAGGUCGGCGGUUCGAAUCCCCGCGACGGGGUGAGCUCCCGCUGCUCGGUCCCUGCUCCUGCCAACCUAGCAAUUCGAAAGCAUGUCAAAGUGUAAGUAGAUAAAUAGGUACCACUCCGGCGGGAAGGUAAACGGCGUUUCCGUGCGCUGCUCUGGUUCGCCAGAAGCGGCUUAGUCAUGCUGGCCACAUGACCCGGAAGCUGUACGCUGGCUCCCUCGGCCAAUAAAGUGAGGUGAGCGCCGCAACCCCAGAGUCGGCCACGACUGGAUCUAAUGGUCAGGGGUCCCUUUACCUUUAAGUUUAGGGAAAAGGAGACUGAGACAGAAUGUGAUAAGAGGUGUGUGCGAUUAUACACGGGCUGAAUCUGGACACAUCAAAGAAGCGUUUCAGUUAAAUGCCUUGUAAACUUUGUAUGAGAAAUCAGGUUAGCAAAAACGGAACUCCACAGCGCCAUCUGUUGGCACAGUGUUACUAUGCAUAAACAACACAUAUAAAGUGCUUUUUCUUUGCCAAUGUAGCUGAGUCUGUGGAAAAGCAGGUGGAGGAAAUUUUUUCUCCCUUUUCCAUAUUGUUAGAACCUGGGGCCAUUAAAUAAAGCCGAAUGGUGGGAAAUUCAUGACAGAGAAAAGGAAGUCGCUCUUCACACAGCAGAAAAGCAUAUAAUGUGAUUUGCCACCACAAGGUGUGGUGGUGGCUACCAGCUGGGAAGGUUUUAAAAUGGGACUAGACAAAUUCGUGGAGGAUAAGACUAUCUGUGGCUACUAGUCGUGAGGAAGCUUUGUUUACUUCACUGGCAGAGACAGCAUGGCUCUGAAUACAGGUUGCUGGGAAACCCAUAUAGAAGAGGGCUGUUGUGGGCUUCCAUGAUCAUCUGACUGGAAACAGUAGGAAUCAGGAUGCUCAUUUAUAUAGGCUUUUGGUCUGAUCCAGCACAGCUCUUCUUAAAUUCUUAAAUCUCUAAAUGAGGCUCUGGUUGAACAUCUUAAUGCGGCCACGUGUGAAGUUAUAGGAGAGGGGAGAUGUUCAAGCCUAGUGAGGAAGCACCUUUUUCUGGCCUCAUAGCUUACUUGGCAUAAAAACAGGGGACAAAAUGGCCUCCGGGACAGAGUAGUUGCACCAGAGAAUUGACGCAGAGUAAAACAAAAAGUUUAAGCCUGCAGUAGCUACUGGUGGCCCUCCAGAUUUUGAUGGAAUUCAAUUCUUAUAAUCCCUGGCUAUUGUCCAUGCUUGAUCAAGUUGGAAUCCAAAAGAGGAGACUGAGAAGAGAUAUGACAGCCAUCUUCAAAUAUCUCAAGGACUGUCACAUGGACGAUGCAGCAAGCUUUUCUCUCUCUCCUGCUGUUGAGGGCAGGACUCAAACCCAUGGCUUCAAAUUACAAGAAAGGAGAUUCAGACUAAACAUCAGGAAGAACUUUUUGACAGUAACAGCUGUUUGACAGUGGAAAAUUCUCCCUUCAGAGGGUGUGAACUCUCCACCAUUGGAUGUUUUUAUGCAGAGGUUGAAUGGCCAUCUGUCAGGAAUGACCCUUGGGAUCCCUUCCAACUGUACAGUUCUAUGAUUUGAUAAACAUCUGGAGGACCAAAGGUUCCCUACUCCUCCUGUUCCAGAGACCUCCAUCAAUGAAGGCGACCCUUGUUUAAGAAGAACCUUCCACUCACUGAAUUUUCUCUCGCAAAUCCCCCAAACUUAUUUAGCAUUGCCCAGAAAUGUCUUGGGAAGCCCCUAUUCACCUUGCCAUAUGUCAUUCUGUCCCGAUUCUACCCUCCUCACUGCACUUGCCAUAGAAUCGUAAAAUUCUAGUCCACUGUAAUGCAGGAAUCUCAACGAAAGCAUCCAUGUGAGAUGGCCAUCAAACUCUGCUUAAAAACCUCCAGUGGAGUCCACCACCUUCCAAGGAAGUCCAUUCCACUGUUGAACAGUCAUACUUUGUGACAUCCCAGACACCCAUUGAAUCAGGAGAUUUGGCUGCAUGCCGGGGAAGAAUGUGUCAGUGUCAAGCAACCUAUGCCCAUUUCUAAGAGGACUUUGUAUGCCUGUCUGAAGCAGUGACGUAGCUAGCCGCUUGGGUGCCUGGUGCUGCGUGCGCGUCCUGCAGCUGGGGGUGGGGCAAGCUGCCCAUGGGGGUGGGGCGAGCCAAGGCAGGGCACGCUACAUGGAGCCUCUCCGCCUCCUCCCCCUCAGCUGUAGGGCGGCUGAGGUGGUGAGCAGACGCAAGCCCCACACUGCUUGAAAAAGCAGCGCGGUGGAGAUGUAAGGAAAAGGAAAGAACAUUUUGUCAUAUGUGGUGGGAAUGCAAAUGCAUUAAAAAAAAUGGGAAAUGAUAUACAAUGAAUUGAAAAAAAAAUGUUUUAAAUGAAUUUUGUCAAACACCCUGAAGCCUUUUUGUUAGGAAUCUCAAAUCAAGAGCUACCAAAAGAAAAAUGGACAUUAUUUAUGUAUGCUACAACAACGACAAGAAUCUUGAUUGCACAAUAUUGGAAGAUGGAAGAAAUUCCAUCAAAGGAACAAUGGCAAGAAAAGCUGAUGAACUAUGCAGAAUUGGCUAAGUUAACAGACAAACCACGAGAGGACAAAAAGGACUUCAAAAGAGUCUGGGAACCAUUUACAGUUUAUUUGCAGAAACAACAGAAUGGACUGGAUUCACUGGCGGGAUUUGAAUAAGCUAUCACACCUUCAUUUGAGUAACAGAUAUUUACAGAAAUGAUAAGGGGUUUUAUUUUUGUGUAGGAAAAGUAGGAUACGAUAAAUAAAACUAAAUAACUCAGCAGAGGGGGAGUUGAGGGAAGUCCAGAGGAGGGGAGGUAGAAUAAUUGUAAAUAAAACGAUGAAUGAGAUUUGUAUCAUUAAUUGUUCUAAAAUUCAAUAAAUAUUCCAAAAAGAAAGAAAAAAAGAAAAGAAAAAGCAGCGUGGAGCUUGCAGACAGCCUCCCCCUCAGGAGAGACGCAUGACUCAGGCACGCUGCAGGUCACACAGUGUGACACACAGUGCCCCCCGCCUCACCUAGCUACCAGUGGCGUAGGAAGGGGGGGUGCAGUGGGUGUGGGAGUUAUUUCCCCCCCACAAAAGUGUUGUGAGCCCUUUUUUUAAAAAAAACACCACACAGAUAUUUUUGCCAUGUUGUCACCCCCCUCAGUGAUGACACCCAGGGCAGCCUGUACCCCUGCACCCCCCCUUCCUACGCCACUGGUCUAACGUAUUCAUUGCUAGCAAAUGAAACAACCUGCCCAUGAUCUGGCAACAUGCCCUGCAGCAGAUAUUAUGCUUGUUUCCCUUUAACCCAGAGAGUUGUCCCUGCAUUUGACACCAGUCAUUCUUGUCAUACCACGUCACUCAGAAGUUUCCAAAUGUAGCACGUAGCUGGGGGAAAGCAGCCCAGUCCAGUUUGUGUGUUGAGUCAAAGCACAGUGUUGCACAAGAAGAGGUGCUACGGUCACAGGAAAGCUCUAGAACUGGAUACAAAUUCAUACCAUAACAUGGAGCGUCCGUAACAUGAAAGAGGCCUCGGAACCAUAAAAUGCUAAAAAGAAGUUAUUGUUCCCUAGGCCAGGCUUCGCCAGCCUGCUCCCCUCCAGAUAGGUUGGCCUGCAGAACCCAUCAGCCCCAAGGAGCAUGGCCAGUGGUAACGGAUGAUGGGAGCUGUAGUCUAGCAACUUCUGGAGAGCACCAGGUUGGGAAAGGCACUACAGGCAACCUUCAGGUAGAGCAUCUGCAACCAUGAAGGCUUCUGUUGUAAUAAGACUGUCACUCUUAAAGGUGCAAAAGGACAUGGUGCUCAUAAUUCAUGAUCCCUGACCACUGGUCCUGCUAGCCAGGGUUGAUGGGAGUUGUAGUCCAAAAAAAGCUGGAGAUCUAAGUUUGGGAAACCCUGAUCUAGAAGAACAGCAGCCCUGGGUUCUCCUCUUCUAUCAUCUUCUAAAACAAGAUGUAUGGUGUGAUCAGGAUGAUGAAGAAGAGGAGUUUGGAUUUGAUAUCCUGCUUUAUCACUACCCGAAGGAGUCUCAAAGUGGCUAACAUUCUCCUUUCCCUUCCUCCCCCACAACAAGCACUCUGUGAGGUGAGUGGGGUUGAGACUUCAAAGAAGUGUGACUAGCCCAAGGUCACCCAGCAGCUGCAUGUGGAGGAGCGGAGACGCGAACCCGGUUCCCCAGAUUAUGAGACUACCACUCUUAACCACUACACCACACUGGAUGUUCUUCUGAAGACUCUUUUCCUGCACACAGAAGCCCAGUGAAUCAGGGCAGGGGGAUCUGGAUGCUCUUACCUAGCUUCCACCAACCUGGUGCCCUCCAGAUGUUUCAUACUGGGGCUGAUGGGAGUUGUGGUCCAAAACAUCUGGAGGGCACCUGGUUGGCAAAGGCUGAUCUUAAUUAUGUACUGUCUUGGAAGGGGCCGAUGGGGCUUGUGAGCCUGGGAAGGUAGUCUAUCUAGGAGAAGGAAAACUAUGAUCCUAAACCUGCCUUGCAGAACAUCUUUGAGACAAGAAAAGGCUUUAAGGAGUAAUCCCAUCACAAAUCCUGAGUGAAGUCCCUAAGGCAGUUGGAUGGCGCCUUAUAUGCCUCCUUCCGGCAACUCCUGCAGCCAAGCUGGUGCCAAAUGUAUUGCUCUGCUUUCCUUUAGACCCCAUCAGCGAGUCUUGUCAUCUGGGCAGCCCAGGAGCUCCACACACACUGCCCAGGCUUCCGUCCUGGGAAGGGCACCUUUGUGGUUUGACUUCACCCCUGGAGGUAUACUCCAUUGUCUCUUGAGACCGUCAGACUAACUCCAACAACAAAAGCAACAUUGUCUUGGAACCAUUGACAUUGCCUUACCCUUCAGCACCUCACAAAAGAAAGAAAGGAAAAGGAACGUUCUUUGUUAUUUCCCUAUUUCCACACCAAGGAUUUCCCUGAGUUGCCCCCUUCUCUCCCAGCUGCUGCGCACGGCUGGGGGUGCCUUUCUGCCUGCAGUAUUCAUUAACUCCGCAUUUGCUCUGCCUUGCGCUGGCUUCUCGGGUAAUGUGUUGAUAAAUUGACCAUUGCAGAUUCCUCCGCAAUGGAUUUGCAUGUGGUUUAAAAAUAGCUGCUGCUUGAAUGUAUUCAGCAACGUUUCCUCUCUGGGGGGUGGGAAGGGAAUCAGCUUCUCUCCCCAUCCCUGCUGCCCAGAUUUAACUUCUAAAAAGGAUCGAACCCUCAGUUAAUUAUGAACUGCAUCCUUAACAUGCCUCUAAAUCACAUCUGCUCUGUGUGCGCAAUUGUACGUGUUCCAAGGGCAUCUCUACAAAUGUUAGGAUGCAAGAGGUAGACAACACGGUGGCUUCUGUUUAUUGGUGGUGGGCUCAACUCCCAUGAUGGGACACGGGUGGCGCUGUGGGUUAAACCAUAGAGCCUAGGACUUGCCGAUCAGAAGGUGGGUGGUUCGAAUUCCCGCGACGGGGUGAGCUCCUGUUGCUCGGUCCCUGCUCCUGCCAACCUAGCAGUUUGAAAGCACGUCAAAGUGCAAGUAGAUAAAUAGGUACCGCUCCGGCGGGAAGGUAAACGGCGUUUCCUUGCGCUGUUCUGGUUCGCCAGAAGCGGCUUAGUCAUGCUGGCCACAUGACCUGGAAGCUGUACGCCAGCUCCCUCGGCCAAUAAAGCGAGAUGAGUGCUGCAACCCCAGAGUCGGUCACGACUGGACCUAAUGGUCAGGGGUCCCUUUACUAUAGAGGGAUGGGUUCAUGUUGGCUACCCCGAGGGGUAAGGGCCAUAGUUCAGUGGCAGAGCAUCUGUUUUGCAUGCAGAAGGUGCUUGGUUCAACCCCCAGUAUCUCCACCUAGGUCUGCAAAGUCCCCUGCCUGAAACACUGAAUAGUUGCUUCCACUCAGUCAUUAUAGGCAAGUGCUUCCCAAAUUUGGAUCUCCAGCUGUUUUCGGACUACAACUCCCAUCAUCCCUAGCUAGCAGGACCAGUGGCCAGGGAUGAUGGGAGUUCUAGUCCAAAAGCAGCUGGAGACCCAAGUUUGGGAAACACUGGUAUGUAGACAAUACUGAACUAGAUCAGUGGUCUAAUUCAGCAAAAGGCAGCUUCUAUGCUAUUAUAAGGAACACGUGUAAUGUGAAGAGGAGGAGCUCCCGUCUUGAUGCCACUCCCCUUCUACACGCAUGUUUCAGAUGUUCAGUAGUUGCUCCCAUUGCUGAUGAUUCACACAUGAGAGGGAGGUAGCAGUCGUCGGCACCCGUCUGUCUGGAAAGACAAUGGAGUGCGCCUCCAGGGGUAAAGUCAAACUGCUGGAGAAUCACAGCGCCUGCUGUGGCUGCAGAGUCCAGUGAUUAGUAACUACUGCCUCCUUUGUUGUUUUUGCUGCGUUAGCAGCACUCAAGUGACCGCAUUGGGGUGCAAGCCUGGCAGUGUGCAUGGAGGUCUUAGGCUGCCCAGAUGACAAGACUCGCUGAUGGGGUCUAAAGGAAAGCAGAGCAACACAUUCGGCACCAGCUUGGCUGCAGGAGUUGUUGGAAGGAGGCGUACAAGGCGCCAUCCAACCACUUUGGAUUCGUGUAGGGUUUACUCCUUAGUCUUUUCUUCUCCAUGUUCAGAUUUUUCCUUGGGGUUUACUCCCAAAGCCUUUCCAAGAGCCAGUGUGGUGUAGUGGUUAAGAGCGGUAGUCUCGUAAUCUGGGGAACCGGGUUCGCGUCUCCGCUCCUCCACAUGCAGCUGCUGGGUGACCUUGGGCUAGUCACACUUCUCUGAAGUCUCUCAGCCUCACUCACCUCACAGAGUGUUUGUUGUGGGGGAGGAAGGGAAAGGAGAAGGUUAGCCGCUUUGAGACUCCUUCGGGUAGUGAUAAAGUGGGAUAUCAAAUCCAAACUCUUCUUCUUCUUCUUUCUCAUCAAUGAGUAUAAUUGCAAGGCAGCAGAAUUUUAGGUCCAGAGUAUUCCUUCUCCUAGACGGACUACCUUCCCAGUUUUACGAGCCCCAUCUGCCCCUGAGAGGCAGCAGUAGGCUUGGAGUAGCCCCAUACAUUGUAGAGGGCUCCCUCUAUAAAUGUUGUUUUUUUUUUGUACUUCUAAAGUAGAGAGAGAACGUUCCAGACAGUCUACUGAAGACUGAGCAUUCACAGUGGCCACAGAAUGCUGACCCCCUAAUAAGGUGAGAUGAGGCAGUUGCCUCAGGGCAGCAGGCUGCGGGCAGCUGGGUGAGGCAACAAGUCUGGCCUCUGUAGGGCCUGCCCUUCCUCUUCCAGCUAAUGUACCCACAACUGUGCAACUAUUAAGCCAUGUGCUCCCAGGUCAAGAAACUCAGGACCACUUGGGAGCAGACAGUGCAAUAGCCAUCGAGGUACAUUUUAGUAGCGUUGAUGAAAUAUUCUACUGUGUUGCUUUAAAAAAACCCCAACCCUCUUCACCAGGAAAGAAACUUAAAACCUGCAUUGCCUGGGGCUGCUGCGCUGAGCCUCACCUGAGAAAUGGUGAGCCAGCUUCUGUUUCCAUACAAACAAGAAAGCACUUUUCCUAUUUAGUUAGUUUGUCAGCUCUUGAAAACGGUACCUGGGUUGGAUCUGUGGAGUGGGGUUUGGGAGGGGGCCUGGUGCUGUUGGCAGAUUGUGAGGGAUGGGCAAGUCUUUAUCAGUUUUGGUUUCUCUCUGUUUUCCAUUUUUCCAGUUAAAUAAAUUCAGUUCUCCACAUUUCCAUGUGAGUUUGGUUUUUUAAAAAAUAAACAAGGCAUCGCGAAAAUCCAUCUGAAUUUUAGUGCAAUUUUCUCCUAAUAUACACAUUUUUGUGUGCCAUUUUGUAUGCAAUUUCUGUUAAAUAUAAUGCAUUUGUUUGCAUUAUAUUUCACUAAUAUAUGCAUUUUUAAUAGACACUUUACCCUCCCAAUAUACAUUUUUGUACACAUUACAUGGUUGAAGAACUGCAUUGCAAAAUUGUGAAGUGUGAAUUUUGAAGGAAGGCUGCAUUUCCAUUUGUGUAUUGUCUCAGAAAAUGUGAAUUAAAUAGGUUUGCCUAUUGAAUUUCUCUCUCCCCCAACCCCACCUAUUGCAUGGAAAAAUUCAGAGUGAUUUUUAUUUUAAUAUGAGCCUAUUUAACUGGCACUUCCUGAAACAACAUGUGAGCUAAGUUCCAACUUCCCUUUGGAAUAUGUCCCCCUCUGGGUUUUGCAAUGCAGUUUGCCAACCAUGAGAUGUACAUGAAGAUGCAUAUCUGGUGAGACUAUUGUACAACACGUAGCAUAUCAGGGGAAAGUGCUUACAGGAAUAGGUAUGUUUUUUAAUGAUAGACUGAUGCGGAAAUGUUGAGAUCUGAAGUUAGGAAAAAGAAGAAACUGGUGCCACCUUCAGACCAAUGCUGUGAGGCUGCUUUGCCUGUGACACCAUUAAAUGAAUGAAUGGGCAAGGCUUUAGCUCCCUGAUACAACAACUGCUGUGUAUGCAGAAGGUCUCAGGUUAAAUCCUUGGCAUCUCCAGGUGCGGCUGGGAGAGAUCCGUGUCUGGAACUCUGAAGAGCUGCUGUCGUCCACUCAGACACCCAUGAGUUAGAUUAACCAACAGGCACCUUCCUGCGCUCCCGGUUUGCCUUUACAGCCAAAACAUUUCUCUUCUCUCCAGUGCACACAUCUGCAUAAAGAGAGGUGCAAAAACGAAAACAAAUUUGCAGUCCAUGCUCACUCGCUUUUAAAAUACGUAUUUCAUUUUACUGACAAUGAAACAGUAAGCAAAACAAAAAUGAAACUAGGCCAACUCAAUGAUGAGUUGUUGACAUGGCACUUGUUGACAUGGCACAAAUAGGGUUGCCAUAUAUAUUUUUUUUAAAAAGGUGAAAAUCCAGGCACAUAAGUUGUCCAGCUUUCCCCUCCCCUUUUGCCAAAGUUGAUGAGCUAUUUGUUUGUUUGUUUGGGGAGGGGAAAGGGGUAGUGCUUUUUCUUCUUUGGGCCACAGCUGGUGAUCUUUUUUGCAAACACUAAAAAAAGAAAAUGACAUUUUUGAGAUGUUCUUAAAAAAAAAAAAAGCCAAAAAAUGAUACUUUGUCAUGGGUUGCCAUACGUCCGGGUUUCCCCAGACAUUUUAACCAGCAAAUGACAGCUGAAUCCCAGCUAUGUCCGGGAUAUUCCAGACGUAUGGCAGCGCUAGAAUGACAUUACCAAGAUGGACCUGAUGGCUCCUGAAAAAGUAUUACAGCCUAAAAGCAGACAGUGGCAGAGAUGUGAAAGUGGUGAGCUGACAGUAAUUUUGUGUGCAUGUGUGCAUGAAGAAAUACACAGGCUUUGUUUCACUUGGAGGUAGGGGUUAGGGACUGAGGGAAUUCAAGAUUAUCUAGACAAUCACAGGAUAUCUGCUCCUAGCAGUAAUUCUGGAAUGUGAGUAUGCAAAAAGGGACUUGUCACUAUCAGUACAUUUCUAUCCAGUGCUCUUAAUAUGCAGCACUUUUAAAUCAACUGAUGCUGCAGUCCUAUACACACCUAUCCGGGAGUAAGUACACUUUAAUUCAGUGGAGCUUACUUCUCAGCAGACAUUGUGCUUUAAAGCUCUACCUGCUUGAAUGGUCAAUUAAAGCCCUGCUUUUUAUAGUUUCUGCCCUGCUUAGGAGAGCAUCAUCCCCCGCCCCCAGUAUUUAGGUAACACCAAGUUAUUACGCAUGGUGUAGAGAAAGUUGGUAAAGAUGUAUUUUUCUCCCUCUCUCAUGGGCAUCCGACAAAGUUGAAUGUUGAAAGAUUCAGGACGGACAAUACAGUGGUACCUCGGGUUAAGUACUUACCGUAUUUUUCGCUCUAUAACACGCACCAGACCAUAACACGCACGUAGUUUUUAGAGGAGGAAAACAGGAAAAAAAAUUUCUAAACGAAAUAGUGGAUAUAUGAUUUUUGUGGUUCAUGCUGUGGCCACAGACAUGUGAUCUGACAGUGAGUUUGGAGUACCCCAAUGCAAAAAUCCUGAGGAUCCAUGUGGAUCCAUGCUUUGUAACCACGGAGGAGGGAAGGAAGGGGAACCAUAGAUCCUCUGCUCACGACUGCAGCAGAUCCCCCCCGCCACCCGCAGGCAUUCGCUCCAUAACACGCACAGACAUUUCCCCUUACUUUCUCGGAGGAAAAAAGUGAGUGUUAUGGUGCAAAAAAUACGGUAAUUCGUUCCGGAGGUCCGUUCUUAGCCUGAAAAUAUUCUUAACCUGAAGCACCACUUUAGCUAAUGGGGCCUCCUGCUGCUGCCGUGCCGCCGGAGCACAAUUUCUGUUCUCAUUUUGAAGCAAAGUUCUUAACCUGAAGCACUAUUUCUGGGUUAGUGGCGUCUGUAACCUGAAGCAUAUGUAACCCGAAGCGUAUGUAACCUGAGGUACCACAGUAGAAAGUACUUCUUCACACAGCACAUAGUUCAGUUUUGGAAUUCGGUGCCCAAAGAAGUAGUGAUGGUGAUCACCGUAAUGUAGAGUGGGCAGAUUCACGGAGAAUAAAGCCAUCAAAGGCAAUGCUCUACAUAUAUUGUCAGAGGCAUUAUGCCUCUGAAUACCAACUGCUGGGGAUCAUAACUGGGGAGAGUACUGUUGUGCUCAGGUUGGGCUUCUGGGCUUCCCACAGCCAUUUAGUUGGCCACCAUGAGAACAGGAUGCCUGGCUAGAUGGUCGAUUCGUUUCAGUAGUUGCUGGUGCCCAUAGAGACUGAUAGAGCAGAAGACUUAGAACUCAAUUGUAGUUGGAGUCAAUGACAGUCAGAGCUGGCUGAUUCUAGUUUUGACCCUAUUGAGUUAUAUCAUGGUAACACUGAGAGUAAGGAGAAGGAAACUGAUACAGAGGAAUAUACUGGGUGUAUGUAAGAAGGCAGGCAGGCAGAGGCUGGUUAAGGGCAGAGUUUGGUGAGGCAGUACCCCAUUUCCCCUAAUGGACCCCCUUCCACUAUUUCUUCUUAUGUUUUUAUCAGCUAACUAGGAAAAGUAAAAACUCCCAUGAAACACCUGCCUGAGCCUCAUUGUGCACUCUGACAGCAUAUACUCUCAAAUCAAACAGAUCUGAGAGAAGAUCGUAGAAGUAGCUAGUUUAUUUCAGAAAAAUCAAGCAAUAUUUACAUAAUUACAAGACACGGUGUGAAAGGAGGGAACAUAGUCAACACAGGGACUGCAAAAAAGCAAAUUUCAAAAGUCUUACUUUAAGGCUGUUUGAUGCAUUUUGCUGUUCCCUAAAGAGUCUUACCCAAUAGAUUAUUUCUGAGUUGUCCCGAUGAGAAAGAGAAGAAAGAGUUUUCCUGCCCCCAAAGCCAAAGAAGUUCUGGCGGAGGAAGCUAAGUCAGUAUAUUAUUUUCUCUAGACUUCUAGAGAUUUCCGAUGGGCUUAUGUGUCACAGAUAACAAAGAAAGGAACUAAGUUCCACAUUCUUUAACAAGGAACUAUUAAUGUCAUCAAAAGCCUGAUCUGGGAAUAUUAGCUUCCCCAGCGUGUUCCAAACAAUAGAUUUCCUUUAAUUUCCAAAACAAAAUCCUUAACUCUUAGGUCUUGGGGUUGACACCCCCCUCCCCAUUGUCUUUGGAAUUGCCUGAUCAUGAACUGCUUUAAAUUUUCCUCACUCCCAAGAACGUUCCAUCUCAUCUUCAUUCAUUUAUAUCUCAAACUGAAAAUAUUAACAGAACUAUUAUUACUAGAGAAUCUGCUAGAAUGAAUCCUUUAUCUUCUAUUAUCUUUUUUCCUGCUUAUACAAAUGUGGUAGAAGACUAAUUUAUAUGAGCGAAAGUUCUGCAACUGACAGAAAGAUGGCUUAGUUUGAAAACAAAGUGAAAAGGGCAGAGGUAAAAAAUCAUGACAGCGAAUCAAGCUUGAGAGGAAAAUAAAUCUACCACACCUUUUUAACAUGUGCUGUUACGAGAGAUUGGCAGCGAUAUAUAUAGACAUCAGGAGUCAGGUGAUGCUGAAACAAGGGAGCAAAGGUUUUGGCGGCUAAAAUGAAUCUUAUUUCCUUUCAUCUAUAUUAUUGUGCAAUAUGGGCAAAACUGGGACCAGGCAGGACAGUCACCUUAUUACUGGCUCCUGUAACUUUAACAGUAACAAGAUAUAAUAUUAGCAGAUGCUAGUGUAGAUCUCUAAGUUUCAUCUCCCCCUCCUCACAUAUUCUGCAUUUUUUGGUUGCAUUUCUUUUGUAAACAAUCAAGAUGUGCAUAAAUUUUGUGAAGUAGCAUUAAAUUGUUAGAGGAAAAGGAGGGCUUCUGGUCGCUUGGCAACCCGAUUUGCCGUAACGUUUUGCAUUGCUGGCCGGCAAUGUUCGUUCAGGGCUUCUGUAUGUUUGCCAGCUGAGCAUGGCAAGGUGAGCAGCAUUUGAAAGCUGGGCUGGGCAGCUGUUCCAGGUCCUUUCAUGCCAAUAUGUUUGUGGAAGGAGGGGCAGCUCCUGGCUAUGAUAUUAUUGGUCCUCUCCUCCAAUGCACACUGGCUGGGGAUGUUUGGCACCCCACCCCAGCAUUGCGCCUUUAGUUCUAAGAAUAGUUACAUUUGUACGGAGAGGCGUGGCAAUCUCCAGCAGCUGGAGGGAUGCCAGGAGCAGAGCGCUGCCUUUUGCCUUACUGGCGCUGCUCUCAGACUUCCCUCUUGGUACCUCUUGCUUAUCACCAGCACCACUGUCAAUGCUAAUGGCAAUCUCAGUUCUCUGAGUGCUGUUCCUUCAGAAGCCAAAACAGCACCAACCCACUGAGUGGUUAAUGUGCAUAACAAUUGACUGUUGUGCACAUUUACCAGCCUAUUGAGGAUUAUGCAGAAUGACUGGAGAAUAUACAAAAUUCAUUUGAUACAUGCCUAUUUCCCAAGGUCUGUAGGAGAAGAUGUAUAUUUACCAGGAAAUGUGCACAGUUCCGUCUUAAUGGAAGGAUUAAGUGCACAUUCACCACGAGACUUGGUGAAAGUGCACAAUGGCUGGUUGCUAUGCACAGUAACUGCUUGACACACACACAUAUGGAGAGGGAGGGAAAGAGAGGGAGGAACAGCCAGUCUUGGCUUUGAACAUCUAUGCACCUAAAAGCAUAUGGCAUUUUGUAAGCACUGAGAACAUAUUUUAAUCUAGAAGUUAAAAUUCUCUCUCCCGCUCUGCAUAUGCAUCUUAGUGAGAGUCUGUAUACAUGCAAAUGGACACCAAAUACUAGUGUACUAAUCUAAUUCCAUUUCUGCCUAUAUUGCUGAAUAUGUUUUGAGUUGCAUUUAUUCCAGAUUGGAUAUAAGAUCUUCCUAACAACACUUAAGUUUUAUUUUAUUUUAAAUGUUUACAAUUUAUUUAUUCCGUUUUAAAACCAUCCGUUUAGAUACCAGGAUGGUUGACAACAUUAAAAAAAAACACACCACUAUAAAAUUACAAUAUCCAUAUAAUAACAAUAACUAAAACAAAUGUUAAAAACUCUUUUAUUAUAUAUAUGUUUGGACUAGAUGACCCUUAGGCCACCUUCCAACUCUGAAAUUCUAUGAUAUCAAUGUAUAGAUACAGCAGCAGAUUCCACCAAUAACCUAAAACUUUACCAGACUACCAUUGCCUCUCAAAGGCCUGGAUAAAAAACAAGCAAUUCACUACGUCAGCCAAUGCAGAAGAAGUGAAUGAAUCUUCAGCAUUCUGCAAACCUGAGUCUUUGGACAGUGAUCUAUGGCUUUAAAAGGAGGGGCGUUAACAAGAAAUAUAUCUAUUUCCUCUGUGAACAUGUUGGAGGGGGACUUUAGGGUUGUAUUGAGUGCUCCUGGGAAGCGUGGAUUUAUUGGUGGCAAGCAAACCUCGAUUUCUAAUAGUAGUAAGCCAAUUGUUGAUAGGGGCCCAGCAGUACUUAUAUUGUCCAAGCUGGGAAGCAAAAUUGCUGUUGCAAAACUGGUUGGAUGCAGAGGAAUUGUGGGAGGCACAAGCUGGGGAACCCCCAAGGGAAGCCCCAGGGGAAGAAGGCUCAGAGCCAGGGGAUUGGUGGUGGGACAACAGUGUGGACAGACGGAAAAGAGGGAGAAGACUGGGAGGAGGAGGUGUCAGAAGCUGAAGAGGUAACAGGGUUUAGUGAGCUGGGAGAGUCUGUGGCAGAGAGCAGUUCAGAAUCAAGGGCAGAAGCUGAAUCAGAAGGGUAGGAUGAGGGAGGCAGAGGUGAGUCCGGCUGGAGAAGAGGCACAGACAUCUCCCUCUUCUGCUGCAACGUGUUCUCCUGCCCCCUGGUCUCCCAGAACCAGGAAAAGCACACUUUCCAAAACAAUAUGUGAAUUGAAUCACAGCCAUCCUUCAAAAUGUGCACUUCUCUGCAUUUUGCGAUGGAGUUGUCCGGUCAAGUAAUUUGUACGAAAACAGGUCUUCCAGAACAGAUCUGAUUAAUCAUUGUAAGGGCUGGUGACUGAACUACUUUUCUUAUACUUUAUUGUAGGUUUUUGGCGGCCUAGUCUGGAUCCUGGUGGCUUCCACUAAAGUUUCUGUGCUGAUGAGUCAAGGCUGGGUGAUGUUCGUCUCAGUGUUUUGCUUUGUAAUUUCAACAUUGCUUUUGUUCCUAUAUAUGUGUGGCGCUCAUGGAGGGAAGUCAGCUUGGGUUGCUGUGGUAAGUCUCUUUGGAGAGAUUAAAAUACCAGUAUACUCCCCCCCCUCAGCCCCAAAUACAGUGCUAUUUAUCCAUGCAUCAGGUGUCACAUCAUCUAAAUUUUGGUGGGAUAAGCAGAGGAAAAGGGUGCCAUAAAACUGGAGUUUAAACAAAUUACAGUUUCCAGUGUUCAAACACAAAGCAGGAAACUGUGCUUUGUGUAAAAAUGGAAGCCAGUGCUUCUAAACUCCUCCCUGCAGCUGUGAAGUGCAGUGUGUGGGCCUGAGUGUGAGCACUGUGGGGUGCUUCUCAUUAUAUCAGAACCAGCCUUAGUAUGCCAUGAGAAAUACAUUUAAACAGAGCCCAAAGUACCCACUCACAGAGGAGGCUACCUGCCAAACAUAGCUGUCAACUGUCCCUUAUUUGGCGGGAAAGUCCCUUAUCCCAGCGCCGUGUCCCGCUGCUGUCCCUUAUUGAUGAUGUCCCUUAAAUUUCCCGGGUUUCAAAGGAAGCAGCUCCUCUCCCUCCCUCCCUGCCGACCAGGGAGGAGGGAGGCUCCAACUGUGUUGCUUGGCUGCGUUGCUCACCCAGUAAGGAGUCUAAGAACGACUGGGGGGUGGAGCUUGCAUGCCUUGUGCCAAUCAAAUUGGCCACAUUGCCUGGGGACUCGCCUUUGCUCAGCGCUUCCCAGCGGAGAGGUGACGGUGUGGUUUUCCUUGCUGCUGUAUCCCUUUGCCGGGUUGCUGCGCUGUGGGAACCACCUCUUGAGGCUUUGUUUGGCUGCUGGCUGGGCUUUCUGCCUUUGGCUCGGAGGAGCUCAGAAGUUGAACAUGCCUGUGCUCCUUGGAAAAUCCCUUAUUUUGGCUGCUGAUCCCUUAUUUUCAAGGCUGCUGGUCCCUUAUUUUCAAAUCUGUAAGUUGACAGCUAUGCUGCCAAAUCUUAGUAUGAGUCGCUGCUCUGGAUUUGGCUCCAUUUAGUUCUGACGCAUGCCCAUUUCAGAGGCCCUGGCAGAUUCUUGUCCAGAAGUGCAUGAUCUUUGUGUGCUUUUGAAAAGCAUGGCACCGACUCUGCUCAGAAUACAGCAGUCAUCUCCUCCUGGAUACAAACUCUCCCUCUAAAGCUGUUAGUCAUGGCAGCGUAUCCUAUAAAACUGCCACUAAGCAAAACAAACUUCUCACCAGUGUCAGGUGUUCUCUGGCACAGGGAUACGGUGGGGACACCUUCUCUUGCAGUGGUCUUAGGGUCUUUGUGUUGUUUUCUUUUCCAGGAUGCUUUCUACCAGGUAAUUGCUUCUCUCUUCUACCUGAGUGCGUCAGUUGUGCAAGCCUAUACUACCUAUCAAAUGAAAUUUAUGGAACCUUUUAAAUACUACCAAAUAGAUAUUGCAGCAGUGGUGAGUAUAUGUCCUCGCUUACAAUACACACACACACACACACACACACACACACACACACAGUAUAUCUAUCUAUCUAUCUAUCUAUCUAUCUAAUCUUCUUCUUCUUCUUCUUUGGCGAUCACUCGUAGCCAAGUAAGAUUGUCUUCCAUAAACAUGGUUUUAACAAUGAGUCCGUAAAUGACUGUGGAGGCCAAUUCUGGAUCCACACGUCCUUCCACAGUGGGGACAUUGGUUUCUGGGUGGGAGUUGAUCACGGUGUGGAUUUGCCCAAAUGACUUGUGAAAAUUGCAGAGGACAAGUGCCUUUUUAAAGAAGCAUCACUGCCUUCCCUGGGGCAAAGGAUGAAUUGCCUCUGCCGUGACACAUGCGUGAAAUCACCUGAAAACAAUAUAUGCUGCCUAUAUGUUUGUUUCCAUUUGCAUGCAAGUGUGUGGUGUAGUGGACUAGGACCUGAGAGAACAGGGUUCAAAUCCCCACUGAGCCAUGAAGCCCACUGGGUGGGCUUGGACCAUAUAGAUUCACAAGUGACAUUGAAUUAAAGAGCAGCAUUGACAAAGCGACCAAUCAAAGUAAAUGAUAUAACUCCAGUCUCCCUCAGCCCAUCUAGUUGUGUUACAAAUCUACAGGAGCCGGGUUGCCCCCCAAGAUUGGGGGGGGGGGCCGGCGUGUGUGUGACAUCACACACGCCAUGGGUCGUGUGACAUCACACACGUCUUCCAAUGCCAUGCAAGCCAGACCGGCCCGGCCUAGUGUAAGUCUGCACCAGCCUGCAUGGUGUUGGGAGAUGCUGUGCAGGCUGGUUAAACCUUGUUCGUCGGUUCGGUCUCCUCUGCCCCCUCAAUAUUUGGGGGCUGAGCCCCCUGAGAAAGAAUAUUGAGAGGGCUGACAAAAACCUCUGCCCCCUAGAGUUGGCAUGCCUGUACAAAUCUAAGUCCCCAGCAUCAUAGAACAAUAAAAUUCAUAGUUGCCAAUCUUAAGGCAGUUGACAGGAUCCUCACUUAGUCCUUUAGCAAAGCUCACAAAGCGAGGCAGAUAGCAACCAAAAAGGAAGAAAUACCUUUAAAACACCUUUAAAAAACAACACGCCUUUGAUAUCAAUCCAAGGGGUUGGACAUUUCCAAUUCUAACCCCCCCCGGUCAAUUUUACAGUUGUUAUUCGGAGACCCACCUAAAACAUGGGGCUAUGAAUCGCCAUAAUCCACCUGGGAGGAGAAAAUAGGAGCGACUGGGACCCCAGCUGUUUUAGUGGGAUCCUUGACACACUUCCAGCCUUGAUUUGCCAAGACAAUUUAUUGCCUCGCUCUAGUUUAGGCAGCAUGGCUGCUUUUCUGCCAUUCUAAUCAUAACACCACAGUCCCCAGGAGCCUUAUCAUAAGUGGCAUGAAGGGUCCAAGCCGCUUGUAAAGGAGAGACACAGUCCUGGCACAAUGUCAUCCAUUUCGAUCCAUCAUGGCUGCCCUAUUGUGCCUAUAUAGGGUACCAUAAGUGCCGGGUGUGAUGCAUACGCAGGGCCUGGCAGGGCCCAGGUGAACACAGGCUGCAUACCUGAGGUAGGCCGGGCGAGAGACAAGAGCAAGCACAGCAAUACACACAGUAAUGUGGGAAAAGAUAUUACGGAGAGAUGCUCAGAAUUGCUCAUGAACUAGUUUUAGCAAAUCAACACACUGAACCCUCUUUGUUUCUCUUCUAGGUUUUUGCCUAUGCAGUCACAUUGACAUAUGUGAUCCACAUGGUGUUCUCGCUGCUGAGAUGGAAGUCCUCUUAAAAAAAUAAAUAAAUCUCUGAAUGUCUUUUUAAAUUUGAUUUUUGCAGGUGUAUUUGGUCAGUUACUCUCUAAGUGUAUCUAAAGGAUUGUCUUUCUUUGGAAAAUUUGUAUACACAACAGUGUACUUUUAUUGUAUGCCGACGAAAAAAUAAACAAAUCCUUGUUCAUCUCUUUUUAGCUUAACUCCCACCCCACUCCCUCCCCGAGUCUUGGUCAGAUAGCUUGAGGAACUGAAGAAACUGGGAAUAUCUCUUAAAUAUAUUUGUAUUAAAAAUGUCUUUUAUGUAAAUGGAGGUAAGGUUUGUACAAUAAAAAAGCUUCAAGUAAA